UAUCCAACGCUCGGAAGCUCCGCGAGUAGAGUAAGCACAGGAGGGUCACAGAUACGCAGGACGGAGAAGCUGGCUGCUGGUGGCGAAGAUGGCGGAUGGGGACAGUGGGAGUGAGCGCGGUGGCAGCAGUGGUGGUGGUGGUGGUGGUGGUGGUGGAAGUGGAGGGGGUGGAGGCAGUGGAUUUCAGCACUACCAGCGAGAGCAAGAGACGCAGGAGUUGGCAUCAAAGCGGCUGGACAUUCAGAACAAACGCUUCUAUCUGGAUGUAAAGCAGAACGCAAAAGGCAGGUUCAUCAAAAUCGCCGAGGUCGGCGCCGGGGGUUCGAAAAGUCGACUGACCCUUUCCAUGUCGGUUGCGGCGGAAUUCCGUGACUACCUUGGAGAUUUCAUAGAGCACUACGCCCAACUUGGGCCUAGCAGCCCAGAGCAGAUUGCUCAGUCAUCCGGUGGGGAUGACAGUGGGCCUAGGCGAGCCUUGAAGAGCGAGUUCCUGGUCAGAGAGAACAGAAAAUACUACCUCGAUCUCAAGGAGAACCAGCGGGGGAGGUUUCUCCGGAUCCGACAAACCGUCAACCGUGGGCCUGGUUUUGGAGUCGGGGGAGGUGGCAUCCCUGGUGGCAUGCAGUCAGGACAAACCAUCGCCCUUCCCGCACAAGGUUUAAUAGAGUUCCGCGAUGCCUUGGCCAAGUUGAUAGAUGAUUACGGCGGUGAUGACGAGGAGCUGGCCGGCGGCGGGGGUGCUGGGGGCUACAGCGAGCUUCCGGAGGGAACAUCCAUCAUGGUGGACUCUAAACGGUUCUUCUUUGACGUCGGAUCUAACAAGUACGGAGUUUUCUUGAGGGUGAGCGAAGUUAAGCCCAGCUACAGAAACUCCAUUACUAUUCCCUUCAAAGCAUGGGGCAAGUUUGGAGGCGCCUUCUCCCGCUAUGCCGAGGAGAUGAAGGAGAUUCAAGAUAGGCACAGGGAUAAAAUGUUCGAACGCAGAGGAGGAGAGGAAUCUGAGGGAGAAGAGGUGGACGACGAUUGAUCAAGCCGGCUACAAAAUCGAGAUGAAACCGUGACGCAAAGCUUAGAGUGGAGCGACUACAAUGUGCAUGACGAAUCGAACCUACGACAAAACAACGGAGUAGCCUAAGUAAAGUAGGCCUACAUUCGACUGAGAAAUACUGUCUGUUAAAGAGAAUUGUGAUAUAAAAAGAUUAGGGUAUUUUAGUUUAACAAUUGAAAACUGCAUUAUUUAGUGGUCAGGAAAAGCUGUCUGAUAUUUCCCCAUUGGUGAAAUAUUGUCCAUUUCACUCAUCUAACCGAGCAAACGAUGCUUUAUAUAUAUUCUAAAAAUAGCAGUAGAAUACUGGUCCCGUUUAUAGAGCUAUCUAUUUUAAAGUCUUUAGAAAUACAUUUGGACCUGACCCAUGUAUUUGUCUUUGAUAAGAAAGUGUGAAAAUGUGUGUGUAUAAAGCUAAGAGAUGUGCAGCUCCACAUCCCUGAUGUUGCUCUGGGUUAUUCUGCCUACUAGUGACUCCAAUGGUUGUGUUGAUGCCCACUGUAUUUAGUUUUGUUCUGCGAAGCAUCAUAAAUUCCAGCCCAUCCACCAGGGCACGUUAUUGGGCAAGGCAGUAGUCCUGGGGCAGCCUCUAAAGAAACACCACAGCCUGGCCUCCACCAGCCAGGUCUCCACCAGCCUGGCCUCCACCAGCCAGGUCUCCACCAGCCUGGCCUCCUGUCUGGUUCUGUGUUCUCCUCAGUCUCCAUCACUGCUCCAGCAGUUGUCAGAACUGGAACGCCACACGUCAGAUACUCUGGUCCCCCUGGGCUGAUCCGGGUCCAUCUAUGGGUCCAACAGUGAGACCUGAGCCUGUUUUCACUCCCUGUGGGAACAGAGGGAGACGUUUCACCUGCAGGGACACAGGCCACACACAGGGACUAGUGUCUACCUCGAGAGGGCGCUGCCACAGCCAGGACCUGCACCAGGCUUUAGUUUGGGGAUUUUAUUGCUGAAAAGCUUCACUCGUGAUAAUGGGCUUGGAUCAAGUCAAAAAAGGACUGUCCUUAAACGUCAAGCUUUGGACGUGCCAUUCAGUUCUCAGUGAACUCAGACCAUCUUAAGACUGAGACUCAGUCAGAUUGUAAAAAAUAUUGGUGCUUUUAGAUAACCCCACAAAGCAGGGUGCUGUACUAAAUCUACUGGAAGAUAUAUUACUUACUAAAUAUCAAGUAUAGAUAGAAUUAUUUUGCAAAAAGAAAUCUAUUCAAAUAUGUUAAGAUAUAUCUAUAAUACAUUUAUGACAUAAAUAUGCCUAAAAAAAACAAACAGGCUUAUUUAAACACUAAACUAAGAUGCAAUCCUUUGGGGGUGAUAAAUCACC